AUGGGAAAUAACGUCGUUAGCUGGAAAGGAAGGAAAUGAAUUGCUGAGUGUUGUCAUACUCCCUCAUGAAAACAACAGGAAGGAUUUACUAAUUUGGCCUAGACUUUGAAGGCCCAGACGGAAUUACAUCACUUCCUAAAACCCAUCAAAGAGAGUCCAUCUCCUGAAGAAAUGCAGCUCAGACGCUCGCCGGCAGGAAGCAGGAAAUGUAGAUGUUGGGGUGCAGCGGGGAGGCUGCCGGAGCGCCCCUCGGCUGGCAGCGCAGCCGGGGCAGCAUGCGGAGCGCCGGGCUCACGGCGCUGCUCUCCGCCCUGGCGCUGGCCGCAGCAUCUGCCGGCAGCGACCCUGGAUUUGAUGGAUCAGGAGAUGGAUCGAUGAUGUUACCCACAUUUACAGCAACACAUCUUCCUGCUAUGGGUCCUUCGACUGUGGAUGAGCCAGUACUUGUAACUGAAAGCACUAUUGAAAGCAGCUUUGAAACACAGAGUUCUCCAAGUACUGAACUGAAUGCUGUGAAUGAUGAGGACAGCCUAGAUGCAGCAGAACAGUCUAUAUUGAUAUAUGUUGUCCCUGUGGCGCUGCUGGUCCUGAUGAUUCUGUUGAUCACAUUUUUUGUGAUGCAUCAUAAAAGGAAAAAGACCAAGCAAGAUGAGCUGGGAAGCGAAAACGUAAAAAGUCCUAUUUUUGAAGAAGACACACCUUCUGUUAUGGAGAUAGAAAUGGAAGAGCUUGAUAAAUGGAUGAGCAGCAUGAACAAAAAUGGUGACUGUGAAUGUUUGCCUACUGUAAGAGAAGAAGAAAAAGAAUCAAUCGCCAACCCAAGUGAUGGUGAAUCAUGAAGUCCUCAGGACAGCAAAGAACAGACUAAAAGGAUGCAGCACACAAGCUCAUCAUCCCCCAGAUACUGGAAGAACUGGAUUUAAAUAUAAUUCAUCUCAAAAGGCCAGAGAAGCAAAUGCACUUCUUGUGUCCUGGUUUAAAUGGUCUUCAGAAAGGAAACAUCACCAAAGGAAAAGAAAAGAAAAAGGAGAAAAAAAAGAAAAGACAAAAAGAAAAGUACUGCAGCAAGAUUAAGGACUGAUUAAAAUUAUUUUUGCAAUGAGAUUCACCACAAAUCAAGACAAACCUCUUUUUCACCCCUGCUAAAAGUUCUCAAAGUAGUCCAUGUUUCUGUCUAGUUCUGCAGUUGUGUAUUGUGCUGCACUUAAAACAAAUUCUGUUCUGGGUUUGGUGGGUUUCUUUGUUUUGGUUUGGUUUUGUGGGUAUUUGUUUCAGUGUCCAUAAUUCUGGACCACCCUGGUUUGAUGGAGAUGAAGCUCAUGCGUAUGCAAAGUUUAUUUCUCAAUUUGCUUUUUUCUGAGCAGUGCACUGAUUUGCACAGGACUGCUGUUGGGGAGUACCAGGCUAGGACUGACAGACCAGCUCCGAGGACAGGCAGCAGCUGAAAAGCCUCUCAAAGGAAUAGCCAGAAGUGACUGCAGCCCAGCGAGGGCACAGACUCUGCAGAGUGCUUUUGGUUUCCAGAUUAAAAGCACUGUAGUAAUGAAAAGUAUUAUUUUGAGAAUGCCUUUCAGUUCCACAGAUGAGCACCCUGGGCUAGCUCUCCCCAUGUAACUCUUCUCCCUGCCCAGGGCUGCUCUCCAGCCACCUACUUCAGGAAUAUUCAACUUAAAAACAUUGCUUUUUUAAAAAAAAUGAGUAAGGUUGAAAAAUUAAGCAAUUCAGUACUCACAUUAAAUGCAGAUUUAGGUAAGUAUGUGUUAUGCAUAACUACUUGGUCAAGGUUUUCAGAUACAGGAGGUUUUCUGCUGCUUCUGUUUUUAAAUACUGAGCCUGCAAUAUCUAAAGAAUAUGGACUUCUGAGUGUGCCUGGUCACCCUUAGUUACAAUGAAAAAAAAUCAGACUCCUGGGAUACCUCAAGGUGGAAAUAUGAAUGUUUUGACUGUGUCCAUUGAUUUUAGAUACUAUGUCUCCUAGGGAUUAGUACUUUAAAUAUGUAACACACAUAAAAGUGGAUCCUUGUCUGGGCAAAGCUUCUUGUACCUUAUUUAAAAUAGCAGAUUCAUAUCCUACCGUAUCUUAUAUCCUACCUAUCCUCAUAUUCUAUUUAAAUAGAAAAUGUAAUGCCUUCCCACUCAGUACAUGUUUAAUAUGAUCAGUUUUGCUUUGCCUGCAAAUAAUUCACUAAUAAGUUACCAUGCAUAGCUUGAUUAAAAAGAGAAAGCAAAUGCUCCAAGCCUCUGUGAUGGCAUCUAAGUAUCGCUGACAGAGGACAGUUCAGCUUUGUGAAUAAUUCAAGACAUGUCAAAAUACACAAGGAAAAAGAUUUUUAGAGCUAACCAUAUUAAUUCAUUACUGAAUUUGACUUGAUUUGUAAUUUCCUCAAAGAAUAAAAGGUUUCUUCACUGUUCCAAAACAAUUUAUUGCAAAUAUUGGAUUUAGUAAGUGAGUGAUGGUAAAUAAAUUUUCCCUGUUUGGAUGAUUUUUAACUUUGAAAGAAGUGGUUUGAGUUCAUCUUUCACAACUUCUUUUUUAAACAUUUCCACUAUUUCCUAACAGUAAAGCCAUCAUGUAGAAUAUUGAUUUAAAAGAAUGCAGUCGCAAGGGGAAGAAAAAGUGGAAGACUGAAAUUUAGAAAAUUUUGAAAUAUUGGAGUAGGUAUUUUCCAGUAACAGUUUUGUUAGCUAAUUCUUUCUAACAGACAAAGAUGUUUUGCUCAGGUUUCCUACAAUUUGUAAAGCAGUAAACUGAAGGUGCCCAAAACAGAGAUAUUGAAGGUUUUUUUUUCUAAUGGUACAAGAUAAAAAGCUGUAUUUUAAGACCAUUACCAGCUGUGUGGUUGGAGUGCAGUAAGUGGUACCCAGCAGUUCAGGGCACCAGUGUCCAGCAGUGACUCUCACCACAUCAUGCUCCAGUCCACACAGCUCCAUGUCCAACAGCUGCUGCCUUCUCCCUGGAGAGAGUUGAAGCACAGCUGGACAUGGAGGCCUUGCCUUUCAUAUUUCAUUUUUUUUUGCUUUUGAAAAUUAACCAGCUCCCGAAGGUGACAUUGUAUGGCUUAACUCAGUUCUGGCACACUGAUGAUCCAUCACCCUGUCUGAGCCACACAUUGAUAAUAGUGCAAUGCACUAACUCAGUUUGCUGUGGCAUUUGAAAAGAGCCUGUGUUGUGCAUGCUGAUGGUUUGGGGUUAAUGUUAAUUCUGGACGGUACUUCUGCCACAUAAAAGGCUGCACGGUUCCAAAUAAGUUUCUCAAAGAUUAGGUUUAAUUUAUAUAUUUUGUCAAGUUUACCUUGAGAGAAUGUAUUUUCUGUAAACUUACGUCAUUAAGCAUUCUUAUUCCAGUGUUCAUGACUGAUCAAUCUCUAUAUAAAGCUUUAAAAUCCAUUUUUUCCAGAACUAAUGUCUAAGUUAGAGGUUUAUAAUUAUUCAUGUCCCUUACCCUCUCUAAAUUCUGGCAUCCUAGAGAAUUUCUUUGCCUCUUCAGGAAGUUUUCUCAGAACUUCUCUCUCAGGAAUUUUUUUCUUAUUUUGUAUUUAGAAAUACAGAACAAUGCUUUGGGCACAUCCUUGGCCAAUUCUGACAGAAAUUUUCUCUAUCUACUGAUUUUUAAAAGUGCAAACUUAGUAUCUGCUGCGUUACUACUGAAAAAUGUACCAUUCCAUCAAAUCUCACCAAAUAUCAUCAGGUCCUGUCCUCCUUGUGUGAAACAGACCAAGGGUCAAGUAAUUUGCAUUUCAGUAUAGUUAUGGAUAUUUCUAAUAGAUUCCCUCCCUACUAGACAAAUACAAUUUUUAUUAUUCCUCUCUUCCCUGCACAUUUAUACAUUAUUGUUAUUCUUCCCUUAGCCCUAAACUGUGGAGGGGUUCACUCAUUCAUCUGAUUCCUCAGCCCAGCUCUGCACUGCUCCGUUUCAGCCCGCUGGUCUCUCUCUUUGAUUGUAACUUUCACACUGGGGGCUGCAUUGGCCACGGCCACUGCCCAGUGCCUGCUCACUCACUCACAGCCAAGCCUUUUUGUGCACACCGAGUUCAGGGAUGCAGCUUCACCACCACGGGCACUGCUUUGGCCCCUCUCCUCCCUCACCCCAUUUGGUAUUUCCCUCUUCUGCUUGUCUGCAUGCCCCUUGCUGUCCUGUUUGUUUUACACUUCUCAGCAGUUCCUGGUCAUUUGCUUCCUCACAGUUUUGCCUCAGUAUUUUAAUUUUGUGGGUGGAUUGAAUUACAGGGAUCUAGACCAUUUUAUGGCUGCAUUACUACAGCCAAAACAUUAUAAUAUUCCAGUUCAUGAGUAUUAACUGUACAACUUCUGUUGGUGCACCUUCAUUUUCCCUAAAUCAUUCACACAGUCAGGUCCUCUAACCCACAAAAUAAAAAUGAGAACAACCAGGCAGCAGAUAAGACAGCAGCAAACUCUAAAAAAUAUUUUAUCACCAUGCCCUACAGAGUAUUUAAGCCUCUGUGGUAAUAUCCUCAUCAUUAGCCUGAUCUAAGCAAACCCAUCUCACAAUCACCUUGCAACAUCUACAAGUAGUUACUCAUAGAUGUUAUCAAUUAUCAGUUGAUAACUCAAGUUAUCAUCCCUCAGUAGAAAAUGAAAAAAAGCUUGGAAAGGGGAAGUGUCUCCCACUGCAUAUUGUUCUAAAAUAUUUCACAAAUGUGAUGCUCCCUAAGGAACUGCUACCUCUUCUUCUGUUUUCUUCAAUAAUUUCAGUAGUUAUCCAGCACUUCAAGACAAUUUGACAUCUAAUUUACAGCGUGAGGCCUUCUUGUCCUGCAGAAAAGCUACAGAUCCAAAGGAUGAUUUAUUUGAGAAAUACAUAGGUAAGAAGAAGGGUAUUUAAGAACCAACACCUCUCCUAGAUAUGUUAAAAAUCAAUAUCUUAACAAAAUAGAAAUAACUCCUCCAUAAAGUUACAAACAUAACGUUGCUUAUGCACUUGUAAAGCACAUAACCCUAACAUUAACCUCAGCAAAAAGGAAGAUUCUUUUAGUUUCUAGGUAACAUAAGUUAUAGAUUCAUAGAUAACUCUUGCUCUGAGAUUAAAAAAAUAACUUUUUUUUAAUGCUAAACUCAUUGGGUGACCCUAAAUUGAGCUUUUGUUACCUUUCUGAUGUGAGAUGCUGUAUAUUCAACUGUUUUAUCAAAUAGCUGUUCCAAAUUAUUUUGUAAUGUAAA